AUGCCGGGAUUCUCCUUCCCAUCAAACUUCACAAUUCCCACUCCACGUCUCCAAAUCAGCCCUUUCAACCCCACCAACCCAACCCAUUGCGCUUUCUUAGUCCAGCUGUGGAAUACAGACGAUUUCAUCAGCUCGUGCGGGAAAACCGGAAUCACCACACCGGAAAAGGCAUCUUCGUUCCUUACAGGCAGAGUCUCCGAACACUACGCCUACCAUGGCUACGGCAUGUUCCUAGUCUCAAGACAGACCGACGACGGCGCGAAGCCGAUCGGCACUGUAUCGCUCACAAGGGGCAUUCCACCAGGCCCACAUUAUCUUGCCCCAGAUAUUGGGUUUGCCAUGUUGCCUGAAGAAUGUAGGAAGGGGUAUGCGACCGAGGCUGCAAAGGCUCUUUUAGAGUAUGCAAAUAAGAAUCUUGGCGUGGAUGCUGUGUUUGGAUUCUGCUCGCCUGCGAAUCGACGGAGUCGGGGAGCUUUGGAGAAGAUUGGGAUGGAAUUUAGGGGGGGUGAAGCCUUUGAAGGUUUUUGGUGGAGAGGAUAG